CCCUUGCUAACAUGUUACGUUGGUAACUUUGUCAUUGAUUCCUUGGAUUAAAUAUUGUCCAAAGACCGCUACUGUAGUAAGUGAAAUGUGGGAAAUUGCUUAUCCGUGAAUGUUGUAAGGGGUAUGGAAGCAUGAAAAGCAAUAUGUGGACGUAUUUUGCUUCGUAAUGUGUUUACCCACGUUUAUUUGUGGUGAGACCGAACAGUGGCCUGUGAAUAAGGGGAGGUUCCGAACAAAUGUCCGUUAACCUAACCUAAAGUAUAAUUGUAUAACCAUCAAAGGAGUCAUGGCUAGUAAACAAUCUGGCGUACGACGAGUGAUACCCAAGGUUGAUAUUGAUGUUCACCUAAGACAUUGUAUUGAACACUGUGACUCAUCAAGUGAAGAAGAUAUCAGUGAUGAUUCGUGUUACACUGACUCCGAUUGUGACUAUGAUGACGAAGAUGAUGAUUUCCUCAAAGCCUGUUGUAUACUUGAUGAUAGGCUUCUGUUGUAUUUUCAGCAACUGUACACUAACAACUCUGAAAGAAAAGCUAUGGCAGCAAAAAAUGCAGAUGAACUUGUAGCUGAAGAAGAAAGGGAGAAACGGAAGGCAGAAAAAAGAAAGGCCAAGAAGAAGCGUAGGAAAGAGAAAAAAAAGGGAGAGAAAGAGCGUUGUUCCAGCAGCAGAAGUGAACACUCUUCAGAUAUGCAAGAAGGAUCUGAGAGAAGAAAUGCAAAAAGUUCUGUUCCUGCACCCGACACGCCGUCAUUUUCAUCGACAGAAGAUGCUGAAGAUGGUGAAGAAUUUUUAGAUGUGUCGGCUGAUCAAGUGGUUGCUGAAAGUGAACGACUUGCUGUAAUUGGAUAUAAACUAGCUAGUAAAGAGCAGUAUGAACAAGCUGUUGAGUUCUUUACUAAAGCCAUUCGAUUGGUUCAUGACGAUCAUCGUUUCUUCAGCAAUAGAAGCUUUUGUCAUUGUCAGCUUGGAAAUUACACUAAAGCUCUAAAAGAUGCUGAUAAAGCCAUAAACCUGGCCCCAAACAAUCCUAAAGGGUAUUAUAGACGAGGAGAAGCACUUAAGGGCCUUAAUCAAUUCAAAGAGGCUCAAGAGGCAUUUGAACGUGUUGUUGAACUGGAUGAGGAGUGUGAAGAUGCUGUGCAUGAAUUGAAAUUUGUCAAACUGCAACAACUUCUAGAAAUGGGUUACCCUGAGAAGCAGGCUUCAGCUGCACUCCAACAGUAUCAUUCUGUGCAGGCUGCUAUAAAUGUAUUGUCAAUUAAUCCAAUCUCGGAGAACUAUGUUAAUAACUCUGGAAGGGAAGUCGAUACCGAGAUCUUCUUCUCAGAUGAAGAAGAAAGUGUUGCAAGUGUUUCUUCAUUGCAGCAGAAUCAGGACACAGGUGGUCCACAGAAUCUCCCAGUUAUAAAAGCAAACAAGAUGGACCCAUCAAAUCCAGAAGGUCAUUUGUCCUUGUGGGUGGGAAAUGUGUCACAAGAAGUAACUGAGAAGCAACUAAUAGAAAUGUUUUCCAAAUUUGGAGUAGUAUUAAGUGUUAGACUGCUGCCUGAAAAAUAUUGUGCCUUCAUUAAUUUCCGAGAUAAGUCUUCUCCUGGUCCUGCAAUGAAGAGUCUCCAGAAUAGAGAAUUGGGAGGAGAGAGAUUGCUAAUUCGGUAUCCCAAUAAUCCAGUGCCUGAAGCUCAUCAACAGAUAGUUGUGAAGAAAGUCGUUAAGACUCCAGUUGCUGGGUAA